GUAAGCCGGCAGAGUCAGCAGGGUCGGAGACAUAUCAACGCUGUAUACUUGGUGAAUGUAUAAAGCUUCAGUUGUUUCCUUGGUAUCACCGAGUCUUUCCUCUCAUCAUCCAGACAGCAAGCAACAAACCUCAACCUCCAACAUCAAGCUUCCUCCCUCCCUUCUCAAAUUCCUCCGUCGUCUCUUCCAGCUUUCCCUAGGAAAGAAAAAAAAAGGAAAACUUUUCCUGCUCAAGUCAGAUAACCCGACACAAUGCGCUUCUUCAACACUCUCCUCUUAUCCACCCUCUCCGUCAGCGGCGUUGUCAUCGCGCUACCCACCGCGGAGAUUGGCAACGUCACCGCCGUCGCUGCCGCUGCCGCUGUCGAGCCGAUCGUCAGGGUAGAGUUCGACAUCAAAGCCAGAGCCAACGAUGCGGCGGCCAAGGCCAAGCACGACGCAAACCACAAGAAGAAGGAUGCUGGCAAGUGCGGCCAGGGCUGCGAGGACUCGCUGAAGUCGUACCACUCCCAGGCUUCCAAGGACUCCAAGGCGUCCAAAGCCUCCCAGGCUUCCAAGAACUCUCAGGCUUCCAAGAACUCCCAGAAAUCGAAAGGGAAGCCCCCAAAGCGGAGUCUUGAGGUGGAAGAGGCCGAGGCCGAGGCCGAGACCGAGGGCUUGGAGGCGUAGAGACAAACAUCAUGUCCAGGAAGUGAGAAUCAUCUCCAUGAGGGGAAGGGAUGUUAGUGAGAUGGAUCCGAGGUUCAAUAGUAC